AUGGUACAAAAUAUAUCUCAGUCUAGAAGUGUCUGUAUGAAUAUUACAGGUUCGGUAGAACCAGUCGAGAUGUUUAACAGCAUGGUUGUUUUUGGAUCCGCCGGCAACGACAGGGCACUCGAUCAGUUUAGUUGGUCAAACAAAUCAAUCGUUUCGAUGACAACUACGUUGAAUUAUUAUCCAUCCAUCAUUUUGGUAAUACCGCAAUCAAUGAAAAACUUGGGUGCCUAUUAUUUGUUACAUAAUGGUACUUUGAAUAGUAAACAUAUCUAUUUGGAUAAACCCUAUCAACUGGUAAAUACAUCUGAAUUGAUACCCAACUACACAUCUAUUGAUGAUUGUUUAGAGGUAUUGAAAAACAAAGUUAUAACAUUUUGA